AUGAAUGUAAGAUAAAUCGAUAUUAAACUAAGAAAUACGAAAUUAAAAUUCUAGGUAGAAUACAAGCCAGAAUAAACAGCAAUUGAGUUAAUGAAUAAAUUAAUUGCCGAUUUGAAAUUUCCCACAAAUGCACCCAAUCCAAUUUUUUUUUUUAAAGGAGAAAGAAUGGACAACACUAAAACUCUGGAUCAAUAGAGAAUCACCUUGCCUUGUUCAGAAAUUGAAGCAGAAUUCAUCGAGAAAAUUGUAGUCACUGUUCACAAUGAGAAAUUGGACAGCCAAAAUCUUAAAUGCGAUAUUAUCAAUACCAUGGAUGAAUUAGGUGCUAUUCUAUUGAAGAAAUUAAACUUUAGAUAAGAUUAUGAAGUUCGCUUCUCCAUGAACGACCAAAUCCUUAACUAGGGGAGGAACUUAAUCGAAGUAUCACCUUGGGAAAAUAUAACAUAUUAGAUAUUCUCAAAACAUUAAUUCAUUUAUGAUUCAAAAUAAUAUGAACUCGAAAUUGAUGUUACCAAUUCAGUGUCGACUUUAUGCACAAUGAUUAGCCAAAUGAUAAAUGUAGAUAGUGAAUAGAUUCAAAUAGAUUAAAUGAAUAAAGAUGAUGCCUUCUAUUUUUAUCAAGUGAGCCCCAACACAGAAUUAAAAUUACGCAUUGUAGAAAUUCAAAAUAAUAAAUAAGUUACUAUUACCAUUGUCUAUGGCCAAGUCACUCGAUAAAUGACAAUACUCAAAGAUGAAAAAAUAGAAACACUUAUGAAUAAAACCAAAACCUCCUUCUUCCCUCAUAACUAUUCUUAAGUCAAUGUGAAAUUGAUCUUCGAAGACAUUGAAUUGUCUAAUAACAACACUAUCAAUCAAUGCUAAAUUGCGAAUAAUGAUGUCAUCCAGUUGAUUGUCACUAAUAAGUUGGAGAAGAUUUAAAUUUGCUUACAGCAUAAAGAAAACCCAGGACUCAGGAAGAAAAGUAACAUCUCCUUAGAUGAAUAAUUGUCAGUAUUAGAUAAAUAAGUUUUCUGUAAUAAAUAGAUGGAGUACUUUUAUUAAGGCAAAUAAUUAGACAAAAAAGAGACUUUCCGUCAAUUGCAAAUCACACAAAAUGACACUGUUAUUGAGUAUAAACCAAUAGAGGGCGUAUAGCUUUUACUUAAGUUCUAACAUCUUGAGUAAUAAAACCCAGUUGAAAUUUAAGCACUAUCUAAUGAAUUACUAUCCAAAUACAUUUACGAUUUGAUCGGAAGAGAAACCAAUGAUGUUUGGGUAAGUUGUAAAAAUUAAACUAUUGAUGAUAUCGAAUAAACCUUUGCUGCUCUAUAAAUAUAAAAUGAUUUGAUAUUUUAUCAACCAACAUAAAUUCUAUUGUAAGUGUAAUACAAGGAUGAUCUGUAUGACAUCUAUCAAAAAAGAGACAAAUGUGUCAUAGAUUUGUUCGACAAACUGAGAGAAUAUUUUGAAAUUGAUGAAUCAUAAGAUUUUGAACUAUAUUACGGAAAUGAAACUGUAUAAGGGCAAUUAUUGUGUAAAAAAUUAUGGGCAGCAUGUCAGAAGUGUUAUAAAAUUGUGCCUAGUUAAAAUGGCGAAAAUGAUACCCAAACUAAAACAUAUAAGAUUUAUAUCAUAAACCAAGACAGAUUAGUUGAGUUUAAAAUGAACCAUACAAAAAAAAUAUCGGAUUUGAAACAAAUAUUCUUAUCUCAUUAUUCCUAUCCUGAAAAUCAACCAAAUGAAUUCUAAAUAAGAAAUCAACCCAAUGCUUCUUUUAAUGAAGAAGAUCAAUUAAAUACAUUGAAUUUUUGUGAAUUCCAAAUUUUACUUAAGGAUUAUAUUAAUGUAAGAACAUAUGAUAGAAUAACAAAAGAUGAGUCCUACUUUGAAAUAAAUUUCAAAUCCAAGAUUUCAAUUCUGAUUUAGAAUUUAAAAUUGGAAAACUGCAACUGUAAUUUCUAUUUUUAGAACAAACAAAUCAAUUAAGAGAAGACUUUUUAAGAAAUAGAGUUUUAUGAUUUAAACACAAUUGAGUACGAAGUUUAGAAAAAGUAGGUUUAGUGGAUUUAAGUAAUUGUAAUUGAAAAGAAUUAGUAAUAAGAAGUUUAAUUGCUUGAGGAAUAGACAAUCAAAGAUGUAAGACAAGCAUUAAAUCUUAGAAGUGCUGACGAAAUAGAACUAUUAUUAAGUAAUCAGAGUGCAGCCAAAGAUGAAUAAAAGUUAAAGGAGAUUGCAUAAAAUGGAAAGUUGACAUUGAAUCAGAAAACUAAGAUCAAUAAUCCAGAAUAGCCAAACAAUUAAGAAAAUAAAUGUCUUUUAAAUAUCUCCAUUAAAGACAAGAGACAUGAAAUAGAAUUCGAGAAGAAUAAAACUGUGGAAGAUCUAAGAUAGUACAUCAUAUAAUAAUUUCAAUAAUAGAGUGAUAUUGUUAUUAGGUAAGGGAAUACUAUUUUGAAACCUUCCGAUCCUAUUCCUGUGUCAUUUGAAUUUCUAAUUGUUUCUCCACUAACUAUAAAGGUUAUCAUAAAAAUCAAUAAAAUAAACAAUCAAAUACAUUAAAGAUAAUUAAAGCCUAAUUAAAAAGUAGGUGAUAUUAUCUGGGACUUUGUUAGAUAACAUAGUAUCAAAGGCAACACCAUAAAUUUAGCAUGGAAUGGUAAAGUUUUAGAUGUUAACAAGACUCUAAAAGAAUUAGGAGUAAAAGAUGGCACAGAAUUGAACUUAUUGAUUUGA